AUGGUGAUGAUCGAAACGUUUUUGGGGAUGGCGAAAUAUUUGUCGCCACGCGAAGACGACGAUUGGUCAGACCGGCUCAAUUAUUUGAUCACACCGAAUAUUUUGCUCGCAUUUUCCGUUCUGAUUUCAUUCAAACAAUUUGGCGGAAGGCCUAUUGAAUGCAUGUUUCCAAAUAAAUUUCCGGGAAGCUGGGAACAGGUUAAUAUUGGUUAAUUUUGUAGGGGGAUUUUCUCGGGAAAAAUGAUAUGUUUCUGGGAUUAUUUGGGAACUCCAGAACUUAAAGAAUUCCAAAAAAAUUGUCUUAUGAAAAAAAAUCAUCGCAAUUUUUACACAGUACGCUGAAAAUUACUGCUGGUCUCAAGACACAUAUUUUGUCGAGCCAACACAACACGUCGAAUUAUUGAAGGAAAAAGAGAGAUACACUCCAGAAAGACAAUUAUCCUAUUAUCAAUGGGUUCCAUUUUUCCUGUUAUUACAAGCAGCUUUUUUUCGCGCACCAAGUUAUUUGUGGAAAUACUUUUCGAAUAGUUCAGGUAACUAACCAACUAAUUUUCGAAAGUUUUCAAAAUUCACAGUUUUUAAGGAAUUCGAAUUCAUGAAGUCGUCGAAAAAGCCAAAGACACUUCAAAUGUUGAGGAAGAAGUUCGUGAGAAAAAUAUCACUAUUUUGAUGCGACAUUUAUCAGCAGCACUGCGUUUUCAACGAAGAAUGGUGAAGAAAAAGGUGGUGGUUCAUAAAACUGUGACAUGUUUGAAUUGGCAAUAUUCAUCCAGUUUUAUUUCAUCAAUCUAUCUUUUCACCAAAACUCUUUAUUUUUUGAAUGUUUUUGCGCAACUUUGGCUGAUGAAUUAGUGAGUUUUUUUGUUGGAAUAUUACAGUAAUUCGACAACAUUUUAUUGAGAUUUCGAACAGGGAGUCGAAAUUUAUCGAAAACCACGUUACAACUGAAAAAUCUCCAGUGAAAAUUCAUAAAUAAAUUUUAAAAAAGAGUUGUGCCAACAGGUUCACGUGAAAUUUCGCACUUUCAUAUUAUGAACACAUUUUCAAAAAUUUUCAGUUUCUUGCGAACCAACAAAUAUCAAUGGUACGGUUUUGGUGUUGUUCAAGACAUUGUUUUCGGAACUCCGUGGGAGAGAAGUGGAUUUUUCCCAAGAAGUGCAGUCUGCGAUUUUGAGGUUUGUCACAAAAAUUAAUGUUUCCUAAUCUUUAAAAAAUGGCAUUUUUCUCUGAAAAUCACUCCAAGCUUCCACGAAUUUCCCAUAACCCAUUCAAAAAUUUCCAGGUCCGCCAAGUCGCCAACAUUCAAAAAUAUUCAGUUCAAUGCGUUCUUGUCAUCAACAUUUUCAACGAGAAAAUCUUUGUUCUUCUUUGGUUCUGGUAAGCUCCGCCCACUUUCGCACACACAGCAUAUCGCAUUGCGAAACCAGCGCGCUGUCUGUCGCUCACUUUAUAUACCUCGCCGCGAGAGAAAUUGAGAGAUAGCUUCUAUGAUCGAUAACAAACCCAGCUCUCUGAACGAUUCUGAGGAUAGAAAAAAGCUGAGAAGCCUGAAUUUUUUGAAUUUCAGUUACAAUUAGGAUAACUUGGAAAAGAUAAUUCACGAAAAAUCAGUGACAUUUUUUUUUAGGUAUUUCGUACUUCUUUUCUGCACUGCAGUUUCAUUUAUCCAAUGGUUGAUUCUUCUUUCAUUCCCUUGCUUUUCUCGAUGGUUUGUAAGUCAACAUUUGGAACUCUCGAGCCUUGCUGGAUUUGUGCCAACAUCUGUUCGAUCCCAUAAAGAAGUAGCCAGAUUUGUGGAAAAUUAUUUGCAUCGAGAUGGAGUUUUUGUUCUACGAAUGGUUUCAUCGCAUGCUGGCAUCAUUUUUGCAACUGAUCUUGUGCAAGCUUUAUGGAAAGCUUAUUAUGGAAUAGAGGAGGAGAAAAAGGAACUGGAAAGUCCAAUGAGCGAUCAGACAACUCAAGAAACACAAGUUCGACACAGAAAGGGGAAGAAAUCAAUGAUCGAUUAUUUAGAGGUAAACUUUUUUCUACGAAAUUAUGAGAUUUUCACCCGAGAACUGUAAGAUUCCAAUGAAUUUUUAGGGCGGAAAUUUCUCGACAUCCCUACUUCCAACAACUCCAGAUUAUGAAGAAUCGAGCUCUUCGGAAAGCGAUUCUCCAAAACGACAGAGUAAUACAGUGGCAAUUUGA